AAUAAACAGCAGUAAAUAAAUAUUAUAAGCAGUUGUUUUGUUCUCUUUAUUAUCAACUAAUACAAUAAACAUGACAAAUGUGAAAAACAGUAAGAAAGUAAACUUUACCAUUUCACAGCACAAUCAAUAAAGCCACACAGGUGUUUAUGAUGAAUCUCUGCGACAGCUCUCUGACGCAUGAUAUUUGCGUCAGUGUCCGAAAUCGCUCACUCAUUUUCAUUUGCUUCUUCCCCAUAUAGUGGACUCAACUGUCAUUCCCCAUAUAGGGAAUAGUGAAUGAGUGAACGAGGGAACGGUUUCAGACACAGCUAUUCUGUUGGUUUAGAAAGACGACGUAACGGUAAAGGUGCAAGUCUAGAAAGUAAAGAGCGACAAAAGAUCUUACAGACUGCUGCUUCCAGAGAUAUCUGCACGCAACAAUGCUUAAGACAGAAGUCAAGCCUUACUGGGAUCUCUCAGUCAAAGUUUUACGUGGGAAUAUCAAAAAAUCAUACGACUACUUUUCUGAAGCUGACUGCUAUGUUAUCUUGAACUUACCCACGGCAUCUGCCCGUACAUAUCGCACCAAGACGAUCUCAAAUAUCAACACACCUGUAUGGAAUGAAACCUUCCACUUCAGGUUGCAGAGCAAUGUCAAGAAUAUUCUGGAGUUCCAGGUCUAUGACAAUGACCCGUAUAUGAGAGAUGAUCAUAUUGCCACUGUCCUGUUUGACAUUAAUAACCUCACACCAGAAAAGAAGGAGGAAAAAUGUUUCAUUUUAAAUGAUAUGACAAAAGAUGAGCUGUGGGUGGAGUUUGAGAUGACACAGAGCUCUGAGGUGCCGAGCCCAUGCGUGUCUAAUGGGGUGUUGGUGGCAAGUCCUUUUUGUGAGCUGACGGUGGGGGUAGACAAGCUUCUGAAGAACUCUGGAGCGAUACGUAAUAUGGUGUUGAACCUGAAAGGGGCGUAUAAAGAGGAUCAUGUCAUCUCACAAGAGAAGAAUCAGACAUUCUUAGACACAUUAUGUUAUUACAUCAACCGAAACAUGGAAACUGAACUUAAUCUGACCUCUUCUGAGGGAUAUCAAGUUGCAAAUCAAAAGACUCAAGAAACUGGGGCUUCUAUCCCUUUGAAACCACUACCAGCCCAACACCAAAUUACAGUGUCUUUGCCCCUGGGAGAGGAAAAAGUUGACGUGGAGCUGAAAACAGAUGAUCGUGAUACCGAAGAACUCGAUGUACGUUUGGCUUUUAAUAUGUCGAAGGAAGAAAAAAAAUUUCUGGCAAAGAGGAGUAAAGUUGUAUCAGAGGCACUUCAGAAAUUUCUGAAUCUCACCACUCCACCUGAACCCAGCAAGGUUCCAGUGAUAGCUGUGGUGUCUUCAGGAGGUGGGACUCGAGCAAUGACGGGCACCUAUGGAGCUAUUAAAGGGCUGCAGGAGAUCCAACUCCUUGAUGCUGUCAGCUACAUCACAGGGCUUUCUGGCUCCACCUGGACUUUAUCUUCUCUUUACUGCGACCCCAACUGGUCUAAAAGUGACAUCAAUACGUUUAUAGAGUCUUCGAAGAAAGAGAUCUCCAAAAGUAAAUUCAGUGUAUUUUCCCGUGAGCAGCUGUCAUACUACAAAAAGAAGAUGGAUGAGAGAGAAAAAGAAGGGCAUGCCGUCUCUCUUAUUGACAUGUGGGGUCUAGCUAUAGAGUAUCUUAUUCAAGGACAGAAACCCUUCGGUACACUGACUGAAAUGCAGAAGGCACUGUCCGAAGGCCAGAAUCCUUUACCCAUCUUCACAGCUGUUAAUAUGAAGGACGGCAGGUCAAAAUGUACAACAGAGGCCGAAUGGUGUGAGUUCACCCCAUAUGAAGUUGGCAUUCCUAAGUAUGGUGGGUUUGUACCUGCUCAGAACUUUGGGAGUGAAUAUUAUCUCGGUCACCUGGUCAAGAAACUUCCUGAAACUAGUGUGUCCUAUCUGUUGGGAAUAUGGAGCAGCGUUUUUUCAGCGAAUCUGACAAGUGUCUGGGGUGCCGCCACUGGCGUCGCCCCCUCAUGGAGCCCUGAGGCUCAAAAUGAAGCGAGUAAUACAGAGACUGAAAAUAGGACAAAAACACUCGGCACGUCCGUGUUGAGCCCAGUGGCUGACUUUGCAAGUAUGAUAAGCGGUUUUAUGACCAGUCGCCCAAUCAUCAGCCAGAUGUCCAACUUCCUGAGGGGUCUGCAGCUACACAGGGAUUACAACGAGAACUCUGCCUUUGUUGCAUGGAAAGAAAAGCACCCAGAUGCCUUUCCUAACACCCUGACUCCAAUGGAUCCUCAGCUUAGCCUAGUUGAUGGUGGAUUUGCCAUAAAUUCAGGAUAUAUCCCUGUGUUAGGCUCUCAAAGACAUGCAGAUGUUAUUCUGUCUGUAAACCUCUCCUGGGACCCAGACCAGUUUAUGGUCCUGAAGCAAACAUAUGAUUACUGUAUGGAUCGCAAGAUUCCAUUUCCAAAGAUUGAUUUCAAAAAGGUGGAGUCAGAGCCGUUGCAGGAAGUUUAUGUGUUUGAGGAUCAAGAAAAUCCAGAGGCUCCAAUAGUGAUUCACUUUCCCUUGGUCAACAUCACAUUCAAAGAGUACAAGGCUCCUGGUGUGAAAAGAGUUGGCGAGAAGGAACUGAAGGAGGGAGAUGUUAAUGUUGACUUCACUGAUGGCUCCUCCCCUUACAUUACUCGCAAACUUACAUACACACCGGAGGACUACGACAAGUUCGUUAACCUCAUUUCCUACAACAUCGUAAACAACAAAGAUGUUGUUUUGGAAGCUCUGAAGCAAGCAGUUAAGAGGAAAUCCACAUAAAGAUACAAGUUCAUGUCUGAUAGAUCUGAGUAGAACCAUACAUUUGUGUUCUAUUUAAUCUAUUACAUUAUUUAAUUUAUCAUUAAUUCAAUUAAAUCUUUCAUUUAUUUUAUCAUUUUAUCAUUAACUUUUUCCUUAUUUGUAUUAUUCUUUUAUAUUACAUUAAUUGUAAUUUUAUGUACACUCUAAAAACAAACGGUACUAGCACUAAAAGUGGUUCUUGGCUCUAGUAUGAACCCAGCAGGCAUAUGACCGACC